UUUUUUUGCUGACAGUUUUGACGUGUAACCUGCUUGUCGCUCUUUCAGCCCUUGUAUUUACAUUAAUAUAUUGAGUUAAAAUCUGUUUUAAAUUGCUUUAUACACACCAUGUCUACCGGUCAAUGGGAAGUUGUUGGUAAGAACAAGAAAUCACAAAACGGAAAGCUGAAAAACGCCAAAGACGACGACAAAAAGCCGACCAAAAAUGGUCCGAAACUGGAAGACGUCGUGCCACAUUCGCAAAUAAAAUCCUUCUAUUCUGGAAUGGAAAUUGACGACGAUAGGAAGCCAGCAAACAAAAAAAAGGAUGGAGACAAAAAGAAAAAGGAGAAAAAAUCAGAACCACCCAAACCAAAACCCCCCAAGAACCUGGAAGAAGCUCUGGUAGCCAUUGAUCCAGUGGAGCUGGCAACAAUUAUAACCACUAAUAAAGUCCGUUUCUCGAAUGCACCCCUUGUUUGGUUGAAGGAAGUUGCUAAUUUCCUCAAUUCUAAGCUCCUCAUAGACAUUGAGGACCCUACUUUCCCCCACUUCCCCACUACGUAUCCACUAUCAGUAGUACCGAGUGAAUUGAGGAGUUCAUUGGAAAAUGUCCUCCGAGAUGCGGGCAAGGCAAAUGCUCAGUUGUUCUUCGACGUCACCCUUACAGCUUUAGCGAAUGACAUGAGCAGAGGUCAAUCCGUGAACGGACAUAGAUUGCUCCUUCAGAUCUUAACACAGGACUACCCUGAAUUCUGUGUUACCUCUAUGCAGAAGAGCGUGAACCUCCGUAACUCUUAUCAGAACCGACCGCCUAUUGGCCUUUCCCUGCUCUGGGCAUUCGGUCAAGGUGGUCUCAGAGACUUCGCUGUGGGGAUGAAGGCAUGGCAAGAACUAUUUGUGCCAGUAAUAGAGCUGAAAAAUUACUCCAAGUACGUAGUGGGCUACCUAUCUGGGCUGUUAGAUCGGCACGCAAGCAUGGAAAGUGUAAAAAUUACUCAGGAACAGCUCUUCUCUAUGAUUGACCUGGUCAACAACAAAAAGAAUGGAUUGCCAAAGGAUCUGUCAAGUGACCUUAUCAAGCAAUUAAGUAAAUAUAAGGAUAUAUAUUUUAAUAGAAGUGGUAAUAAGUUCCAAGUUACAUUCAACCAACUUAUGAAGAAACUGCCAAACCAGUAUCUGAGUGGUGCUAGCUUGGACCCGUACAACCAGGUCCUGGUGGAAUGUCUGCUGGACUGUCUUCAGAGGGAUGACUCCUGCAAUGCUACCUGGAGACAGUUGUUCCACAAGUGCAGCAAGCAAACUGCUACACUGCUUGACUAUAUUGAUAACAACUGGGAAGAGGUGAGCCCAAGACUCAAACAGAAAUCAUUGAAGAUGACUGUGGCUCAAUACAAGGAAAGCAGCGCCGAUACUCUGAAAGGCAAGAAGAAGGAUGAAACAGUAGUCCGCGCUAACAAAAUAUGCCAAGGUAUUCUAGACAGGAUGACAAGCACUAGAAGAUUCCCUUGGCUGUGGGCGAGUUUCUUCGUACUGCUGGCCAUCGGUGGACUUGUGGCCUAUGAUGUGUCCAGGGCGGGAGGCGAAUUCCCCAAGAGCGUAACGGGCAAGCUGUUCAAGGACCUGGGUAUCCUCGAGCACAGUCAGAAGGCGUGGCAGAAGACCUUGUCGACCUCCGCCCGCGGCUACCUGUGGCUGGAGACCAACGCUCCCGUCUACUACAACCAGACGGUCGAGGUGUGCAAACCCUACGGCGAGCUAUCCAAAGAUGUCUACGUAAUCGCUGUCAAGAAAGCUGGCGUACUUUAUGGGAAUGUCAGAGAAUACGUGUCGGAGAAGAUCCCGGUAGUGCUGGCCACUAUAGAGGAAUACGCCCCAGGCCUCGUGGACAAGGUGGAGUACUACGCCUGUUACGGCUACACGGCCUUCAGGAAGCAGGUUACUGACGUUUUCGCGGUCACCGCCGACUACUUGAAGACCAAAGUGUUUAUUGGUGAGUGGGCACCUGAGAUUCUUCAGAACAAAACGCAGAUCGCUCUGAACGCAACACGAGACCACAUGACGACCUACUUCCAUUGGUUCCGGCAGCAGGUGCACAUAUACAGCGAAAUACCUUGAAGUGCGCAGGCGCGGCCGGCUCGCUCGCCCCCAGCGCGCGCGCGAGCCAUGUGUUGCGGUGCCACAUAAUCAUUCACAUCAAAAAUCCAUAGCCCAUUUUAAACCCUUCAUUGUUUUUAACAUCAAAAUCACACACCCACGAUAUGG